AUGGAAAUGCAGAAUGGAGCUGAGCUCUGUUUUCCACAGUUCCUUAAUAGUUCCUGUAGGAAACCAACACUUCACUGGUCCAAAACGGUGAUUCUGAACACUGUGCUUUCAUCCAUCUCUCUCAUCACUGCUGCUCUCAACCUGCUGGUCAUCAUCUCAGUGUCCCACUUCAGGCAGCUACACACACCCAGUAACAUCUUCCUCCUCUCUCUGGCUGUCUCAGACUUUCUUGUGGGUCUCUUGUUGAUGCCGGCAGAAAUAUAUAGGAAAUCGACCUGCUGGACACUUGGUGAUUUCACGUGUUCUCUUUAUACUUAUUUGAACUGUAAUAUUGUCUCAGCUUCAAUAGGGAGCAUAGUUCUCAUAUCAGUUGACCGUUAUGUGGCUAUUUGUGACCCUCUGACUUACCCCGCCAGAAUUACUGUGCCUAGAGUCAGACUCAGCAUUUGUCUGUGUUGGUUUUUUGCUAUUUUUUACAGCAGCUUCUAUACCAAGGAUGUACUGAUUGAACCAGGCAGGUAUAAUUCUUGCUUCGGGGAGUGUUUGUUUAUCAUCAGUGAUAUUGCAGGCACUGCUGACCUUGUUUUAUCUUUUUUUGUUCCAGUUUCUGUCAUCAUUGUUCUGUAUAUGAGAAUAUUUGUGGUGGCUGUGUCUCAGGCACAUGCCAUGCGCUCUCAUGUUACAGCAAUCAAACUUCAGCCUUCACAAAAUCAAACAAACAAAUCUGAGCUGAAAGCAGCCAGGACUCUUGGGAUUCUUGUAGUUGUGUAUUUGGCAUGCUUCUGCCCAUUUUACUGUUAUUCUCUUGUUGAAGGCAAUGUGGUCAAUGCUUCAUCUGCUUCUUUUGUAGUCCUUGUGUUUUAUUUUAACUCCUGUCUUAACCCGUUGAUCUACGCCCUGCUUUACCCCUGGUUUAGAAAUGCUGUUAAAUUCAUAGUCACUUUGAAGAUAUUCCAGUGUGAUAGCAGUGAAGUCAACAUACAGUAG